AUGCGUGCCUUCCGCCUCCUACAUCCCCGCCGGCUACGCCCCCUCUGCACCUACGCCGCCGCCCCUCCUUCCACCCCCUCCCUCCUUUCCGAUCCGGACCUCCUCUCCCUUCACACGCGUCUCCUCCCGCUCGCCCUCUCGCGCCUCCCUGCCGCCACCUCCCCGCCCAACCCCCUAACGCACCUAACCGCCACCUCCGCCUCCCUCGCCACGGAGCUGUCCGACCUGCUCGCCAUCCAAGCCGAUCCCUCCUCAGACCCCGACCUCCUCCACCUCGCGCGCGACGAGCUCGCCACCCUCUCCAAGCGCCGCGCCUCGCACGCCGCCACCCUCCUCACGCACCUGCUCCUGCUGCACCACAUCUCCCCGCCCCCCACGCCCUCGCUCCUCCUCGAGAUCCGCGCGGGCACGGGCGGCCAGGAGGCCGCCCUCUUCGUGGCCGACCUGCUCACCAUGUACACCCGCCUCACGCACCGCCUGCGCUGCCCUCUGCAAGAGCUCUCCCGCUCGCCCUCCCCGCGCGCCGGCCUUCGGCAGGUCAUCCUGCGCCUGCGCCCCUCCCCCGCCGUCUUCCGCCUGCUCGCGGCCGAGGCCGGCGUGCACCGCGUGCAGCGCGUCCCGGCCACCGAGACCCAGGGUCGCCUGCACACCAGCACCGCCUCCGUUGCCGUCCUCCCGGAGCACGCGCACACCUUCGCCGCGGCCCGCCUCGACGAGCGCGACGUCAAGGUCGACGUCUACCGCGCCUCCGGCGCCGGCGGGCAGCACGUCAACAAGACCGAGUCCGCCGUCCGCGUCACGCACGUCCCCACCGGGCUCGUCGCCACCAGCCAGGAGGACCGCUCGCAGCACCGCAACCGCGCGCUCGCCAUGGCCGAGCUGGGCGCCCGGCUGGCCGCAAAGGCCGCUGGCGAGCUCGCCGCCGAGCGCACGGCCGAGCGCAGGGCGCAAUUGGGCGCCACCGCGGGGGAGAGGAGCGACCGCAUACGGACGUACAACUGGCCGCAGAGCAGGGUGACCGACCAUCGGAUCGUGCCGCACCGCGACGUGCUCGCGCUCAUGCCGUCUGCCAAGGAUGUGCUGGGGGAGAAGAGCGCGCCGCUGGCGGAGGUGGUCGCAGGCGGGGCGGCAUUGGAGCGUGUCAUGGAGGCUGUCGGCAGGGCGAGGGAUAUGGACAUGCUGCGGGAGCUCGUGGUUCUCGCGGACCAGGUUGGGGUGCGGGAGCAAGGCGGGCGGCAAGGCGGGCACAGAAAGGGGCACAAGCGAAGAAGGGCGGCGGCGUAG